AUUCACGCACCUAGGGUUUUCGCGCCGCCGCCGCCGCCGCCGCCGCAGCCGCAACAAUGCCGUCGCACAAGACCUUCCGGAUCAAGAAGAAGCUGGCGAAGAAGAUGCGCCAGAACCGCCCCAUCCCCUACUGGAUCCGCAUGCGCACUGACAAUACCAUCAGGUACAACGCCAAGCGCAGGCACUGGCGCCGCACCAAGCUCGGCUUCUGAGCGUCGGGAUUGGCCGGCUGCUGCGUCGGAAGGCUAGGGUCUAAGAGCUAUCUUCCUUCUGUUUUAUCAAUGUGUCAGUUUUUCUGUAAGCUAGCAAGUGUUGCUAUGACGCUUUUAUUAAGAUUCUGGUGAGCGGUGAUGUUAAGAGAAAAUUGGCACUACUGUGGUGUACCCCAAGAUUCCUUGCAGCAUUGCUAUGCUAAGUAAAGAACCCUUUAUCUUAUUAUAUAUGUAGUGUUGCAUUGAUUGAGGUCCACAGUUGAUCAACGUUU